AAAACGAUCAAAAUAAAGUUUCACCAAACACAAACAACGACAACAAACGGUUUUGCAACAACAUUAACAACAACAACUGUAGGAACAAACAGCAACAGAAACAACAUUUAACGGGUCCAAUGUUGCAGCAAACAACAUGCAGCAAACAACAAUGGCAGCAGUAUCAAGAAGAAGAAAAAGAACUAGUGCAACAACAACAGCAAGAACAGCAGCAGCAGCAGCAACAGCAACAGCAGCAGCAACAGCAGCAGCACCACGAACAACAGCAAACAGCUAAGGCUACUAGCUACAGCAACAUUGUGCGCCUUGGCAACAUGGGCCUUAGCAACAUGCUGCCAGCCAGCAAUAGCACCACGACAACGAUAGAUUUCAACAGUCGCCGGCGACGCGGUCGCCUACGGGCCGCCCACAAAUGUUGCCAACAAGUGCCAGCAACAAAUGCAAAUGUUGCUUAUACACAACAACAACCACAAAAACAACAGAAACAGAAACAGCAACAACAACAACAACAUACGAAACAAACAAAACACCAUGCAAAGCUUUUGUUAUCAAUAAUGUGCGCGUACAUUGUCGAUUGUGUAAAUAUUUUAAAACGCUUAGUAUUAUUAACGUUAACAACAACUACAACUGCAACUAAUAAUAAUAACAAAAAUAAGAACAACAAUAGGCACGCCCGUAGGCGUGGUCAGCCGCAAUGCUGCCUCAUGCUGCUCCUGCUGCUCUGCCUCUGCCUCUGCAGCGCUCAGGCCCACAAGCCGAAGAGCGUGCACAAGCAACAACACCAACAGCAGGAGCAUCAGCCGGCGCACAACAACGAUGUCACGUUCAACAACAUGGCCGACGUGCCGCCCACUUAUCAAGUGAAAUCAUCGCAAACAUCGAAUGAGGACGAAGCCGAAAUCCUUUACCAGUCCGCUGAAAUGUUUGGCGAGGAGGAGGAGGACGACCUUGCGGAUGGACGUGAGCCGAGCGGACGGCAGGUGAACGAGGAUAAUGCGUCCAACCCACGCGGUAUCAAUGACUCGCUAACCGACAGUUCAAACACCACGAAAACGCCAUUAUUUCCAAAGGAUCUAUUCACGAAAGAACAGCUUGAGAACGGCGCUGUCAUCCUGCACAUUAUCGGAGUUAUUUACAUGUUUGUGGCGCUGGCAAUUGUCUGCGAUGAAUUCUUCGUGCCUUCCCUUGACGUAAUCAUUGAAAAGCUCGGCAUCACGGACGAUGUGGCCGGCGCAACGUUUAUGGCGGCGGGUGGCAGUGCACCAGAGCUCUUCACGAGUGUCAUUGGCGUUUUCGUGUCGUUCGACGAUGUUGGCAUUGGUACGAUUGUGGGAUCCGCUGUCUUCAACAUCCUGUUUGUCAUUGGAAUGUGUGCGCUGUUCUCGCGAACGGUACUCUCGCUGACCUGGUGGCCUCUGUUCCGCGACUGCUCAUUCUACAGCAUCAGCCUGCUGGUGCUGAUCUAUUUUUUUCGCGACAAUCGCAUCUUCUGGUGGGAGGCGCUCAUCCUAUUUACCAUAUACAUUGCCUAUGUGACCUUCAUGAAGUGGAACGUGCAGGUGGAGCAUUGCGUCAAGAAGAUGAUUACCAAAAACAAGGUGACUCGCGUCCGAAGUACAGAUCAACUUAUGCCUGCAGUAAGUAGUUGGGAAGUUUUUUUGCAAAAUCAAAAAUCAAAAAUGAAAAAAAGAGAAUACUCAAAAAUUUCUCUGAACUAUUCUUUAGUUUCUUAG